UUCGUGGGCACCAACCUGGCGGCGCGGGGGCCGCGGCUGCGGGCGCGGGGCUGGGGCCGCGGGGACCCCCAGGCUUUCCUGGCCGACCCCCUGGGCGUGGGGGCUCUGCUGGCUACUGCCGACGGGCGCCUGGUGCUGCUGCGCCGCAGCCCCCACGUGGCCGAGGCCCCCGGGAAGUUGGAUGUGCCUGGUGGGCACCCCGAGCCGCAGGCCAUCGCCAGGGGGGUCCCCACCGCCUCUCUCCGGUGCGAGGACCUGCCCCCCGACCUGGUCGUUGAGGAGAUCUUCACCUCCGUCAUCAAGGAGAUCCGCGAUGAGGUCAACCUGUCCCCCGAGACCCUGAGCCCUCCCCGGCUGCUGGGGCUGGUGAGAAAUGAGACCACGGCCGGACGGGCCACAGCCGCCUUCUUUGUCAGGUGCAGUCUGACCGCGGAGGAGACGAGGCAGCAGUACGAGAUCGGGGGCGCGGAGGCCCACGAGUCCACGGCCAUCGUGUUCAUCAAGGCAGAGGAGCUGUCGGGCCCCACGGGGCUGUGGGCCGAGCUCUGCCCCUCGGCCAAGGGGGUGGUGACACUCUACCAGGAGGUGGGUGCCCGGCUCUUGUGACCCCUGACCCCGACCAAGCUGGAGGCGGACCCUCCUCUGAUCCCACCCCCUUGGGCCAGCGGGGGAGCGAGCCAUCUCAGGCCCCACCGUCAUGCGCACUGGAGGCGGAGCCACCUCUGAACCUGCCCCCUGGGGGGGGAGGGGGGCAGCGGAGGGGCGGAGCUAUC